AUGUCACUUGCUCCCAAGCAAAGAUACUUUGGUCAGAGGGGAGGAUGGCUCGUUUUCUGGAUUACCGUUGCUUGUGCGACGGAUAUGACCCUUNUUGGUUAUGACCAGGGUGUCUUCUCUGGUGUUGUUGUAAGCGACAACUUUCUCGAGUUACACGAUCUUGUAGGACCUUCCAGGACCAAGGUCCUAUCAACUCUCGCGGCUAUAUAUGAUGUGGGUUGCUUCAUUGGUGCGAUUGUAGCCUUCACCAUCGGCGAAAGGCUAGGACGCAAGAAGACCAUCAUAGUAGGCACUGCAAUCAUGUCCAUCGGCGUGGUUCUCAAGACCAGCUCGUUCAGCCUAGCACAAAUGUUCGUCGGACGGGUGAUCUUAGGCAUCGGCAACGGCAUCAAUACGGCAACAGCACCGAUCUGGCAGACUGAGACGGCUCCUGCAAACCUCAGAGGAAAACUUGUCAUCCUGGAAAUGAUGACGAAUGUUGGAGGCUUCAUGAUUGUCAACUGGAUCAACUAUGGCUUGAGCUUUGUACCGGGCUCGGUCCAAUGGAGGUUGCCUCUAGCCCUGCAAUUCAUCUUCAUCUUCGUCCUGUUUGCUACGGUGCCUUGGCUUCCCGAAUCACCUCGUUGGCUCAUUGCGCAUGAUCAAGACACAGAGGCUACUCAAAUUCUGGCUGAUCUCGAGAACAAGCCUAUUGACCACGCUUAUGUCAUAGCACAGUACCAAGAGAUCUCGUACGGUGUUCAGUACGAACGGGAACACUCAAUCAAGUGGAGCGAUCUCUUGCGCGGCCGUACUCAAGACGGGACUAAAAACGUUCGUCGCCUUCUUCUUGGAGCUGGAACACAGUUCAUGCAGCAAUUUGGCGGAAUUAAUAUAAUGUCGUACUACCAGCCAACAGUCCUCAUUGUAUACGUUGGAUUGAGUAAUUCGAUGGCUCGACUGUUGUCCGCUUGUAACGCGGUCUCCUACUUCAUAUUCGCAGGAGUCGCGGUUCUAUUCGUCGAACGCUUGGGCCGCAGAUCCUUGAUGAUGAUAUCCACCUUGCUGCAGCUGAUUGCUUUUCUUUGCAUCUCUAUCCUCCUGAAGUAUGCCAUUGCCGACGGCGUUACUGCAUGUGCUAAGGCGGCUAUUNUUCUUUUUCUUUUCUACAACAUCGCAUUUGCCGUAGGGAUGCUCGGCGUGCCUUGGCUGUUCNCCCGCCGUUUGCCGAUGCGCACAAAGGGUGCGGCUGUGGCCACUGCCACGAACUGGAUCACGAACUUUGUCAUUGUCGAGAUUACUCCUAUUGGUUUCCAAAAUCUAGGCUGGAAGUUCUGGCCUAUCUGGGUAGCGACAAAUGCCCUCUUCCUACCUGUUAUCUUCCUGCUCUACCCAGAAACAAGUUAUCGAACACUGGAAGACUUGGACGAGUAUUUCAGAUCUGAUCCAAGCUUGUUCGUCUUCAGAGACAAAGAUGCCAUCUCUAGCAAAAGACCUCAGAAGUACAUCGACAGAGAGAUUGAAGAAGUUCACAAAGUGGAAGAGCAGGAUGUUGUUGCUGGCAAGACAAGUAACAAAGUUGGACCCAUAGGAGAUGUUGAGACCCAGCAUCAUGAGGUUGGCAAGUUGCAAUGA